GGGAGAGCGGCGCGCGGCCCCGUGACAUCACGGGGCACCUUUAAAGGGGCCCGCCCCGCCGCGUCUGGCGUGUCCCCGGGGAGGGCUCACUGGCGGGGCCGGGCCGGGCGUGGGGCCGGGCCGCGUCUACCCGCGUCCCGCCCCACCCGGCAGACUUUGUCCCCGCUGGCGCUUGUGCAUCUUCACUCCGCAGCUCCCGCCGCGGGAGAUGGCUCCCGGCUGACGCUCUCGCCCUUCCAGCAGAGCCCGCGGCCAGCCCCGCUCCGCAAGUCUAACCUCCAAAAGCGCCUUCACUUCAGGCUAUGAUGGGAUUGUUUUGGUUGUUUCUGCUUUACAUCCACAUGCUAUCACCUACAUGUGCUGGAGGUGUCACCCGAGUCUAUUACCUGGGGAUCCGCGAGGUGGACUGGAACUAUGCUCCAACAGGAAAGAACGUACUUGCUAACCAAAGCAUUGCACAUAACCUCAAGGCCUCAACAUUCCUCCAGUCUGGCAAAGACAGGGUGGGAAGCACAUACAAGAAAGCUGUCUAUAAGCAGUACACAGACUCCACGUACACCACUGAGAUUCCCAAACCUGGCUGGCUGGGGUUCCUGGGGCCGGUCAUCCGAGCAGAAGUGGGGGAUACUAUUAAAGUACACCUAAAAAAUUUUGCUGGUCGACCGUAUACAAUUCAUCCUCAUGGUGUUUUCUAUGAGAAGGACUCUGAAGGAUCCCUGUAUCCUGAUAUGUCCCCCCAGGAUCAGAAGAAGGAUGAUGCUGUUUUCCCAGAAGGGAAUUACACCUAUACUUGGACUGUCCCUGAAGAUCACAGUCCAACUGCUGAUGACCCAAACUGCUUGACCUGGAUCUACCACUCUCAUAUUGAUGCACCAAAGGACAUUGCAUCUGGAUUAAUUGGGCCAUUACUUACAUGCAAAAAGGGAAUACUGACUGGGAGUUCUCAAAAACGCCAAGAUGUGGACAUUGAUUUUUUUCUAAUGUUCAGUGUGGUAGAUGAGAACCUAAGCUGGUACCUGGAUGAGAACAUAGUGUCCUUCUGCACAGAUCCAGGCUCCAUAGACAAAGAAGAUGAGGAAUUCCAAGAGAGCAACAAAAUGCAUGCUAUUAAUGGUUAUGUGUUUGGAAACCUCCCUGACAUGACGAUGUGUGCUGGGGAUUACGUUUCAUGGCACCUCUUUGGGAUGGGCAAUGAAAUUGAUGUUCAUACAGCCUACUUCCAUGGAGAAACACUCAAUAUUCGAGGCCAUAAGACAGAUGUGGCCAGCCUCUUCCCAGCCACUUUUGUUACAGCAGACAUGAUCCCCAGAAACCCUGGGAGAUGGCUACUGAGCUGUCAGCUCAAUGAUCACAUACAAGCUGGGAUGGGGGCACUCUAUGAAGUCCAGCCCUGUUCUCGACAAGCUCCAGCAUCCAGCCUGGAAGGGAGAGUUCGGAAAUACUACAUAGCUGCAAAGGAAGUGCAGUGGGACUAUGGACCUUCAGGGCUCGACCAAAGCAGUAGGAAACGGCUGAGUGAGGCAGACAGAUCACCCCAUCUGGAAAGCCCUGCUGAGCAGUUUUUCAAGCGUAGCCCCUACCGAAUUGGGGGAGUCUAUUGGAAGGCAAAAUACGUGGAAUAUACUGAUGAGAGCUUCCGUGAGGAAAAGCAACAGUCAGAAGAGGAGAAACACCUUGGGAUACUUGGUCCAGUGAUUAAAGCUGAAGUUGGAGACACCAUCCUGGUGAUGUUUGCUAACAAAGCCUCCUGGCCUUUCAGCAUCCAGCCUCACGGAGUGUCCUAUGGAAAGGCGUGGGAGGGGAUGCGGUACCAUGAUGGUCUGUCCCAGAAUGGGGUUUCUGUUGCACCACUGCACAACUUUACGUACCGCUGGACUGUGCCGAAGCAUGUUGGGCCCACAUCCAGUGACCCUCCCUGCCUGACCUGGAUGUACAGCUCAGCUGUCAAUCCUGUCAAAGAUCCCAGUUCAGGCUUAGUAGGGCCUCUGGUCAUCUGCAAGCCGGGCACUUUGGAUGACAAGAACAAACAGAAAGGCAUCGACAAAGAAUUUUACCUUCUCUUCAGCGUGUUUGAUGAGAACCUCAGCUGGUAUUUAAAUGCAAACAUAAAGUACUAUUUGAGGAUGGAAGAGACUUCUGUGAAAAAGGAUGAUGGCUUCGAGGAAUCAAACAGGAUGCAUGCCAUCAAUGGGCUUAUGUUUGGUAACUUGCCUGGGCUGAAUGUGUGUGAAGGAGACAAUGUGUCCUGGCACCUUCUGGGCUUGGGCAGUGAAGCAGAUGUACAUGGAGCUGUGUUUCAGGGAAAUACCCUGCAGAUGAACGGGAUGCGGAGAGAUUCAGCCAAUCUCUUCCCCCAUACAUUUGCUACUGCCUUCAUGCAACCUGAUAACAGUGGGAUUUUUGAGAUCUACUGCCAGACGAGCAAUCACUAUCAGGCUGGGAUGAGGGAACGCUACUUCGUUUCCAAGUGUGGAAAAAGGGAUCCUGCUCCUGCCCUUCCGUACAAAGGGGUGCGGACAUACUACAUCAUGGCAGAGGAGGUGGAGUGGGACUACAUGCCUGACCGAAGCUGGGAGAGGGAACGGCACAACCAUUCUGCAGAGAGCUACGCCGAUAUAUUUUUGAGCAAUGAGAAUGGACUGCUCGGAUCCAGGUACAAGAAAGCAGUUUACAGGGAGUACGCCGAUGGGACUUUCCAGACCCCCAAGGCCAGGACAAAUGGUGAUGAACACCUAGGGAUACUAGGUCCUUUUCUGUGGGCAGAAGUGGGAGAUAUUCUCAACAUCGUGUUUAAGAACAAUGCCACCCGACCCUACUCCAUUCAUGCACAUGGGGUGCUGGAAAGGGAGACAGGGCAGCCGCAAGUAGCAAACCCUGGUGACAUUGUGACAUACCGAUGGGAAGUUCCUGAGAGAUCUGGUCCAGGGCCAAAUGAUUCAGCCUGUGUUCCUUGGAUCUACUACUCCAAGGUGGACCCAGUAAAGGAUAUGUACAGUGGUCUGAUUGGACCCUUGAAGAUCUGCCGGAGAGGGGCACUACAGUCUGAUGGGAUCAGGAAGGAUGUAAAGAGGGAGUUUGCUCUCCUGUUCCUGGUUUUUGAUGAAAAUCAGUCCUGGUACUUGGAGGAGAAUGUGGAACAUUACAGUAAGGGAAAUCACAAGGAGAUCAACCUGCUGGAUGACAAAUUUGUGGAAAGCAACAAAAUGCAUGCAAUCAAUGGGAGGCUCUAUGCAAACUUGCCUGGGCUGACCAUGUUCCAGGGAGAGUGGGUGAACUGGUACCUGCUGGGAAUGGGUCAGGAGAUUGAUGUCCACACAGUCCAUUUUCAUGCUGAAACCUUCAUAUACAGGAAUGGCAAAAGCUAUAGAGCAGAUGUUGUGGAUCUGUUCCCUGGGACCUUUGAAAUGGUGGAGAUGUUGGUUGGGAACCCUGGGACAUGGCUGCUUCACUGUCAUGUGUCUGAUCAUAUUCAUGCUGGCAUGGAGAUACUCUUCACAGUCUUGCCUAGACCAGAGCCAGCACUUGAAGUCGUAAACUACAGUGCAGAGUUGCCACCUGAAGAUAAGGAUGAGUCUCAGAAGAUCAUGCUUUUUGGAGCUAAGUUGGCUCAAGGGCAGAUAGAGGCCACAGUCAUCGCUCUAGCCAUUACAGGAAUGGUGCUCUUCCUGGUCGCCUGCACCCUGCUGGGAGUGGUCGUCUAUCUCGAGCGACAAAAGAGGUUAAGACGCAAUCGGAGGUCCAUCCUGGAUGACGGAUUCAAACUCAUGUCUAAAAAGAAUUCGGGGCUGUAAGAUCCAUGCACGAACUUUGAGCUGUAUGCCUGGAGCAGCAGCUGGAUUGUUGUCCACAGCAAAGACUUUGGGGCAUCAUUUCAAUAGUACACUGUACUUCUAGAAGCUAAGGAGCAUCCUCCUCAGCACUCUGUAAAGGAAAAGUCUGUCCAGGAGAGAUCUAAGGACCUUUUGAACUGACUGAAGGCAACUAACAAGAGUAAGAAGGUCCUUCUAAAACAGUCCUCUUCCCCAAGAGAAGAGACAUUUCCCCUGUUUUCUUCUCUCCAGAGCAACUCCACUUGGUGUUUCUUAGCAGGCUAGCUUAGGCUGGGUUCCAGUCUUGCUCCAUUGCCAGAGCUGAGCUGGGAAUUAUCUCCCAAGAAACUGUGAGUCUUUAAAGUAAUUAAUCUGAAGGGGGAAGAUAAUGUUUUCAUUUUUGUGAAUCAAUUAAGAAUACAGAAGAGAAAAAUUUUAAUUUAGAUUUGGAUUGCUGUGUGGUGAGUAAUUCAACAGAUGCAAAUUCAGGGCAGUACAUGUCUUAAUGUGAGAGCUCCAUCAAGGACCAUGACAACAGCUGUGCCUCACCAUCAGCCUUGCUGUGACACAUUCUUCUGCUCUCAGCACCUGAGGCAACAUGCUUUGAUAUCCAGCAUCCUGUGUCUUGUGCUGGGAGAAAAAGCUUUUUCCAAGUGCUGCAGAGCAGUCCUGGUGACUUACCUGCAUCACAGUUCUGUCAGUUUGUGUGCAUGAAGGGCUGUACUUCAGCACCUGUGCAGCUCCCUGGGCAAGAGGGACAAGGAUGCUGUGAUGUUCUGUGAUGUGGUUUUCUCUCUCUUUCAAAUGCAUUUUAUUGAAGGCUCUCUCCAGAGUUGAGCUGUUGCUGCAUUACUUCUGUGAGCCAAACGGAAGACUCAGUCCUGUGUGAGCUGGAAUUUAUGCCUGGGACAGAAAAAGGCAGGAAGUGCUUCCCCUAUCGUGGUGCAAUGGCAGUUUUGUCUAGACAAAUGUGGCAACAGUGAAGAAGGAGAAAGCUAAAGUGCCGGUGGAAUUUAGCAGCAUGGAGCAAAUGAGCUGCAGUCUCUGGAGCAUGAGGUAGUGUGGCCCAAGAUAAGGGAAUAUUUGCCAUAAGGAGGGGCUGUACUAAGGGUACCCUUGCCUUUUAGAUAGCACAAACUCUCAGGUGUUAGAGAUGGAGAAGCCUGUCCUGAUCAAUAAAUGCUCAUGAAGCACUGGUGUUUACUGAACCCUCUCUGGCUAAUGUCAGUUCCCGGGGGGGAGGAUCUGGGUGCUGGGGACAGCCUGCUUGGAGCCAGGAGGGGAUGGGGCCACAGUGCCUCCCCUCUGGCUCCAGGGGUGCCUUUAGGUUGGGGCACCUCUUGGUACUUGGUCUCUCUGUUACAGCUGCCUGCAGAAGCCAACUGUGGGGUCGGAUAGUGUAGCCAGAGGCUAACCCCAGAUCUCUGUAGCCACCCUCCAGUGGCAGCCGUACCCAUGCACAUCACAGUUACUUUGCCCUGCAUGUCAAGUGCCAAGCAUUUUCCUAUAAAAUAUCUAUCUUCCUAUCUCACCAGCUGAAUCCCCAUUAUCUAGAUGGAUGCAGGUUAGUGCUUACAUAUUUGUCUCUGGUUUUAAAUUGGAAAGGGCGUAAAAGAAAUCCUUUCUAGGUGGCUUUCAGAGGCAAUUAAAGCAGAGCCAGCUAAAUGGCUGUAAUGACAAUGAACUGCUGCAGGCUAUUUAGGUAUAACAGUGCCAUUUUAUUCAGAACAAUAGUUAUAACGUACUUAAUCAUGCUCAAUUCAUAUUGGGUCCAUGCAUAUUUCUAGCUGCCCUUUCCUUUGGCAAUGGGGACAAAGCUCAUUCAUUUCCUUUCCUUUCCUUUCAUUACACUUCAUUAAGCCUGAUGAGGAGCUGGAGGGCUGUUGAAUGCUCCGAACAUGGGUACUCUGCUCCUUGUCAGCUCUGGUUCAGCUGCUGUUGCAAACCAGAGAUUUACAAGCCCACCAGUCCUGGGAGAAUUUUAGAACUAUAUCAUUGGAAGUAAGAACCAAGCAGGAAACCUUUAUUUUAUUUUUCCCCUUGGCUUGUGAAAAAAAUAGAUCAAAAAAAUUUCUCAGUCCACACUGAGACAAACGAAUUAUCGUAAAUGUACUUACUUUCUUCAGAAAGCAGAAAGUGGGAAGUCUCCCUUUUUUCAGUUCUUCAGCCAGUAGCCAGGGCACUGAGCUGAACAGCAGACCUGUUUCAGCACUGGCUCUGAAGCAGGGCACCACAGGAACUGGAGCUGGGACUCCAGAUUUGCACACAUUCCUUAAACAGCAGGUUGCCAGAGUUCUUGCAAUGUCAUGUUUUUUGGGCCAAAUGGACCAUCAGUUUUGGAGGUCUCUUCUCCAGUCUUGGUAGUUAGGACACUCUUGAACCCACACCAUAGAGGAGGCUUCAGCUGAGUGGUAGUUUUAGGGAGGACUGUGUCCUCGGAUAAGAAAUUCCACCCCUGACUGAGUAAACACAAGGGAAAGCCUUGGACAAAACAGAUCUUUUGCUAAAACUUUCUGCUGCAACAACCUGUGAUGAAGAACAGUUUAUCAGCAACUUCACAACUGCCUCUAAUCAGAAAUUGGCUCUUGCAGCUGGUGGGUGUAUGAGGAGGAGAAGGAGAGAUGUUUCACAGUUCUGGUGACUCUGAGCUGGAGCCUGCAAACAAAUUGUGUGCUUUGGCAACAAGCCCUCUGUGAGCAUCCUACAGUGUCUUGUUUGUGCUUAUCCCCGAUGCAUGUAUGGCUACCAAGGAGUCACCUUCUUAAGGGGACAGCAAGGUGGGCAGGAUCAAGGUCUCAGCACUGCUGCUCCACAGGGAGACACUGGGCUGAGGCAGAAGGCUGUGCGAGUGCUCCUGCUUCUUUUGCCAGUGCAAAAUAAACUAGCUAAGGUAAAACUGUUCUGUAACGGUUCAGGAUAAAUAAUUUGCAAUAAUACAGAGUGAAAAGGGUUAGAAGUGCUCAGGUAAUCCAUUAGCAUGGCUCAGCUCAUAGGGACAGAAGGGUAGAAAUACAUAUAUCCGUGCUUUUAGAUUGUUUGCUGUAGGAAACUUAACACACACCCCACCUCCCACCCUUAAGACACACUGCCAGUAUGAAGCCGGAACAGGUUUAUCUCUCAGGUUUUGUAUGGGAUAAGCAUAAGAAGCAGCUAAUAUUUCUAUUGUAUUAAUUUUAGGUAGUGCUUUUUGUCUGCAGUUCUAGUAUUAUCCUUCCUAGGCCUCAAUUACAUGUGAUAAAACUUCUCAGAAUUUUACCUACAUGAUCACUCACCUAUUUAAAGUUACCUGUGCUCUUUCAACCUGACUUAAGUGAUUGCAAAGAUGAGUUACUGACUUACAUGGCAGCAGCUGCAUGUUUUCAGCAGGGCUGAGAUGAGAAUCCCUUUAUUAGUGCUGUCAUCUUGCUCAGUAAUGGGCAAAGUCACCACUACAUUACUUCAGCAGGCAGACAAUCGUGUCCUUAUUCCAUGUCAGUGCCAGGCCAAUGUUCAGCUGACAGUCCUUUGUACUCCCACGCAUGCUAUCGAUGUGAGAUGUGCAAGUCAAAAGCAGGGUGCCUUUUGGAUGUGCACAUGGAAUUAUAAAAUGCAUGGGGCUUUUUUCUCAAAACAGAAAAGUGAAUGUCAAAUUAACCUGAGGCACACCAUAAAGAAAGACUAACGCAGGUAAUUGCCAGUGAAAGGAUUUGAAUCUUUCAGGUGUAAUGCAGUCUUUUGGUUCUGAAUUAAAUGUAUGGCUUAACUUGCAGCUUGCUUUGCAAUAUAUAAUUGCCAUGUGGACUGUUUACAGUGGCUAUAAUUUUAUUGGCACAGCAAAUUAUAAGAGUGAUUGUAAAUCUGGAGCUAUGUGCAUGAAUCCUGCCUGGGGAAAGGAAUUCAAGCACAAUAGCUGCUAAAACAAGGUGAUCUGCAAGAUCACAAUCAGAGGCUAGACCUGGUUAGAAGUAAAACCUGGCAAUAUGCAUACAGAAGGUAUUAAACUUGUCAAAGCAUUAGUCUCAGACUAAAUUGCUGAAUUUAGUCACAGACUAUUCUGGCUAUGUGAUAACAGCAGGACUGGACAUGUGAUUGAUGAAACAGCUAUUACUGGGAAUUAACAUUUAUGGUGUUAAAAUUCAAAAACAACCUGUCUUGCAAAUCAAUUUAUUUGUUAAUUUGCUCCUAUUUUGGGGAAAGUAAAUCUAUUACUCAGUAGGUGUUUUUAAUAAACCUCAUAUCCUUUGCUGUUCUUGGGAGACAGGUUUCAUUCUGCAUUCUUAAACUGUGGGAAGAACGAGAGAGAGAAAACAGUCACCUAUCCCCAGUGAGCUCUAGAGGAAGUCUAAGGGAGUAAUUCAGCCUACUGGGAGACGAUAGAGGCAAAAAUCCUGCUGUGUGAGGGACAGUUAAAUAGGUAUGAUGCUGCUGCUUGCAGCGUGUCUGAGGGGUGCAAGAGGGAAAAGUGCUCUCUUAUUCAGUGUCAUCAAGAAUCACAAAGAAAUUACGUCUUACCUUUGUGUACAGAAGGAUGUUGUUGUAGUGGGGAGUUUUGGAAUCUGUCACUGAAAGAAGCUUAUAGCAAACCUGCCUGUAGGACCUUUUUAUUGAAUCCUUAUUUUUCAUAUUUAGGGGUUAUGCCAAGCUGGUGAAGAGGGCUUUAAACUACAGUUGCUGGGGGAGGGGAACCUCAAUCCAUCUCACUCCUACCAGCUUGAUUCCAGUGCUGGCAAUAGAUGCCCGGAGCCUGGAGAGGGUUCACAGCGCAGCAGGAGAGCACCUGAAGAGCAGCACAAAGGAAUUCUAGCCAGAAAGUCAGAUUCAUCAGGGACCCAACUUAAAUGCCUCUGUGCAAACACAUGUAUCAUGGGGAAUAAACAAGAGGAGUUAGAAACAUGUGCACGCCUGCAGGGUUACAAUCUUAUCCGAUGACUGGAGUGUCGGAAUAGGAUGAUACAGGCUUUUUAGGAAGGGCAGGCAGGGGGAAUCAUCCUCUAUGUCAGUGACCAGCAGGAGUGUGUGGAGCUCUGCCUGUGGCUGGACAAGGAGCCAACUGAGGGCUUAUGAGUCAGGAUUAAAGGUAUGAAAUCUUUUGCUUUGAGGUAAGCAAAGAACAUCUAUCUGGUUUUGGUCAGGCUGACCUGCUUUGUCAGAAACAAGCAAGCAGAAACCAAAGCUCAGGAUGCUGAAAAAGCAUAGUGCAUCCCUGCCUGCCCGUGGGCUCCUUUUGCCAGAGGCUGUGUCCAAAACGGCAGUUGCUGUUCUGUAGGAAGGAGGUUGAGGUCAUCAGCGAGGAGGUUCCUUCUCCACUUGUCAGUGCAAAAUAUGGACAGGUCCUAGGCCAAACAUAACAUGUGGAAGAGGUCACUGGUGUGGGCCCCUCUUGUAGCUUCAGUCACUCCAGAUCUGGGGUUUACCCGUCAGUUAUUUUACAGAUCUCUGCUAUCUCCACGGUUGGGUGACAGUGGGCUGCGUGAUUUACAGUUAGAUUUCGGGGGGCUUUUCAAAACCUAACCUGUUGAAAAAGACUGAGCAUAAGGAUUGUGACUAGUCCAAUUCACAGACUCUCAAUUUGUUAAAUAUCAAAAAAAUCCAAAGUGUAACAGGAUUUUAAACCAGGUGGCUUGUUAGCUGGAUUACAUUUAACUAAAAGCACUGCAGUAGUCUAGCUUGUCUAGAAGAACUCGUUAGUGGUGCAUUGAGCUGAAAAGUUCUUAAAUCUUCUUUCAUCAACACUUUGUGAAUAUAAAAUUCAGUAGGUUAUAACUGACAUGUGACCCCAGAAAACUUCCUUUCUGCUUCCUUUUUUCAGUGCCAACGAAAUCAUUCUUCUUGGGGAAAGAGCUGUUGUUUCAUUUAAUCUGCACUUUGCCCUAGAAGUUCAACAUCAUGUCUACAAAAGCACCUGCACACAGGUUUUAGACGCAUGCACAUUUUUGCACUGGCCCAGUGUACAGUGUACGCACAGGCCCUCAGCUGGAUCCUCAUCGUUCUGUGCCAGCCUGGUGGCUGGUGGGGAAUUUCCUGUCCUGCAUGAUGGUCUUACCAUGCUCUUACACAUGCAGCUCCAUAUAAAGCUGAGCAGGUCUGACCAUUUUUCAUUUGUCAAGGCAUAUCAUGCUUCUAAGUUGUAAUUUCUUUUUGUUUCACAAGAAAAGCCAAUGCACAUUUCCCGACUGAAAGUUUUUGCUUCAAUAAAACUGAAACAGGCAUUCCAGCUCUGAUUUCUAAAAACCUGAGGGAAAUUUAUGUCAAAACUAUGAACUCUCUUUCCAAAGGUGUUCAUAACGGAAAAUGGAAAUUAGCCCAUCAGUUUAUAAUGAUGUUUUGAUGCUACUGGAGUGUUUAAUUUGAUUUUUACAAGGUCUGACAAAGUAUUAAAAAAGAAUAAAUAUCAGUAGUCUUGACACAAGUUCUUCCUACCUCCUCUCUUACCUUUUUGUAUUUCAGGAGAUUUACCCAAUUCCUCCUAUCAUCUGAAACAUAGAGAGUAAGCAUAUCCAUUAUUAAAAAUGCUAACUAUCUAAAUAAAUCAUGAGGCAGGAGAAAUAGAGUUGUCUGUUUUCAUACCUGAAAAUUACUUAAGGAACAAAUACCUAAUUUGCUCAAGGUCAAAGAUGUGGUGAACUGAUUAGUCUACGGUGACUUUAUUUUGAGUUUGUUCCUUUCUGCAGCCAUUGGCACAAAACCAAAGCAGCCUUCUGGGAAAUCCCAAGGAACAUCUUGAAACCAAGCUGUCAUCUGAGCACAGUAGCUGCCCCUUCCUCAUGAGCCCACACUCCUUCCUCCACCUCCCUCUCCAUCCACACUCUGUCUAGAGAUUUGGCUGUAGGUCUUGUGUCAGAAUAGCUCAUAUCUCUUGGUUUUCUCUCUGCAGCCUUUAGAGAUCCUCAUCUUAGAGGUGGUUUAUAAAUUAGGCUGGAAGAACCAGCUAGGAUCCCUUGGCAUUGCUAAUUUCCAGCCUGAGAAGACCAGUGUGUGAUUGUAGUGAUGAGUCUUACGCCUUUGUUAAUGCUGCAGAUUCAUAGCUCAGAAAUAGCUUCCUCAUGGGUGCAGUUCUCCUUCUAGAAUGAAUGGGACCCACAGGCUCAAAGAUUCACUGUGAAAUUGCAAAUUGUACAUGUAAUAAGCAACAGUAAAACCUGGUAUUUUAUAAGGAACCUUCUGGGAAAUCUGCUGUUGGUGUCAUGGCUGAGUUAUGUGAUUUCCCUUGGGUGAAGCUGUACAAAGGUUUGAUAAAACGGAUUGUGGUGUUUCAUUAGCCAGCAAAUUUCCAACAGGCUGAUCAUCCAUCAUAGCAUCCAGUCACUGUCAGCAAUGAUUCAGGAUGUGAGACAAGGUCACAUCUUUUACCUCGUCGAGAAACUCAGAUAAAUCACUGUCAACGUAAAUCAUUGUGUUCAAUCAGGUUAAAAGCCUGAAGACUCGUUACAAUGGUCACAACAGACAGAGGUGGAGGGGUUGUGGGGAAAGGAGUCUUGAAUGAUUCAGCUCAGCCACAGUAAUGCAACAGGUGGAGAUGCCCAGGUGAACCAGUUUAGUUAAAAUAAUGGUUACUGCCUAGAUGCUAUAACCUAAGGGACUAUAAUGAAUCAGCUGGCAUCUUGAGAGCUUACACAAGGCUUUGGGAAUAAAUUGCUGCUAGCUUCUUUAUUUUCUAAUAAUUUAAAUAGAAAUAGGUGAAGUUGGGAUUUCAUGCUGUGUUACAGACAGCAAUUUCGUUCUUACCCAAGGGAACAUCAGUACUGCUGAUAUAAAAACCAUACCAUAAUUUGAUGGAUUUUGAAUAGUCUGGUGAAAUGGAAUCAAGAUUUAAAAUUCUUCUCAUUCCAUUUUGAGCAAAUAAAACCUGAUCAAGCCAAACA